UGAAUUUUUGGACGCACUUUAUACCAUUUUUAUACUUUUUGUGGCGUAUGUUGCAACUAAGCUUCUGUCUUGAUUUUGUCAAUGACCCAUUCACGUGGCCGUUGCUUGGUCAACUCGUCUGCACUUGUUUAUAUUUAUCAGCUAGUAGCUUUGCGCAUCUUCUAAGCUGCCUCUCUGAACGGGCUCGCCAUGUUUGUUUCUUCUUCGACUACUCAUCAAUGGGUAUGUACAGCUUCGGAUGUUGUAUUGCUUACAGGUGUUAUUCUUUUCCACAAAAUUUACUAAAUACAGAGUUUUUCAAUUUAUACAUCCCGAUCGGCGUACUCAACGCAAUAUUAAUGUGCAGCUGUGGUGCGUGCGGGUCGCGUUUCAUGACUAAGAGUUUGUUCCGCCAUUUAUGUCGUCUUUCAUUGUUCAUGAUCCCAUAUAUUUUUUGUAGCCUACCACUAUUAUACCGCGUGACUGUCUGCCCAGAUGACGAAUGCGAAGCUGCAUCAGUUGCUGUGCAUCGAUGGCAAUUCGUUGCGGCAUUCUUUACAGCGUUUAUUUAUGCAACUCAUCUCCCCGAGAGGUUGGCACCCGGCAAGUUUGACAUCUUCUUCCAUAGUCACCAACUCUUCCACUUGACUGCAUCCAUUGCGACUAUGCUACAAGUGAAUGCUUUCAUCAUUGACAUGAACGACCGACGCACUUUCCUUGAGACGGCAAUCGGAGUGCCAACAUUUUGGUAUUCCCUCGGUUUACUCAUUGUGGUUUUCUCCAUAAAGAUGUUUCUUGUGUUAUGUUUUUCAAUCUGUGUUUUUAGACAUCCGGAACCAAAACACAUAUACAGACUUAACAAUGAAUAUGUUCUUACUAUGCAAAAUGAAAGUAUUGAGAACUCGCAUAUAUAUACCAAAACUAAGUGGAACCAACUGCAUGAUGGAA